CCAUCAUUGCACUCUAAGUAAAACCAUCACGUUCACAUAACCAAAUAUUCUUACUGAAGAUUCCAAAUAUGAGUGGAAAUGGAUCUCCUACCUUGCCACUCACCCCAGCAACAAAUUUUGUCGUCGAAUCGAGCUCUGGCUUGAUUAUCCCGGAAACCAGAGAUGGAUUUUAUGGUUAUACCGAUGAAAAGAGCCUCCAACAAAUGGAGGAACAAAAAUGGGCUCAACGACGCGCUUCCGACGUCGCGCAUCCUCAGGCAGAUAGUACACUAUCCAACAGUUUCAAGUUGUCUUCCAUUCGUGAAGCCCUUCAAAUUCAAACGACUGAAGAGUUGCACCCGUCACCUUUCUCUGACGAUGAAGAUAAAGAACAGGUUUCGGAUGCUCAGCACCACAUGGACGCCAUGAUGACUCCAGAGCUUGCACGUGUUGUCCAGUCUUUUCAGAAAUGCCUUGAACUUCGCGACAAAUAUAUCACGAAAUCUUUACAGAGGCUGGGGGAUAACCCCAGAGACCACGACGGUGUCUUUCAUGGCGUGACUGAGGGCCUGGCGGAUGUUUCUGGGGUCAAACCCGAUGUUAACCAAUCUUCAGCUGCAUCCGCGAAUAGCCCUCACGAGCCCUGGGUCAUAUAUCCUCCUCCACCUCCACCUCACUGGCACUUUACUGCAAAAGAAACCGUCAUUAGCGCAGAUGGUCGCCUCACACCGGACAACGAAUUCGACUUCUCUCAAUGCCAAAUACCCAGUAAUCACGAAUGGGUGUUUGAAAUAGAUGACAAAGGCGUGUAUCAAGUAUACACGAAUGCUGAUGCAGGAACCAAGAAACCACUCUUCGAUAUACCCACUAUCAGGGAGUACUUCGUUGAUCUAGACUAUGUCCUGGGUGUUAUCUCCGAUGGUCCGGCGAAAAGCAUGGCAUAUCGUAGGCUCAAGUAUCUUGCGAGCAAAUUCGAGAUGUACAGUCUCUUAAACGAAUCUCAGGAAUUAGCUGACAUGAAGAGUGUGCCGCACAGGGACUUCUACAAUGUGCGAAAGGUGGACACGCACGUCCAUCUAGCAAGUUGCAUGAAUCAGAAGCACCUCUUGCGGUUCAUCAAAUCCAAGAUGAAACGUAGCCCUCAUGACGUUGUUAUUUUCCGUGAUGGGACAGACUUGACGCUGGAACAAGUGUUUCAGUCGCUUAAGCUGAGCGCAUACGAUCUGUCCAUCAAUACGCUCGAUAUGCAUGCCCACCAAGAUUCCUUCCAUCGAUUCGAUAAAUUUAACCUGAAGUACAAUCCAAUCGGCGAGUCCAGGCUGAGAGAAAUUUUCCUGAAAAUCGAUAAUAAGAUAGAUGGUAGAUACUUCGCUGAGAUCACCAGAGAGGUCAUGAAUGACGUGGAGCAGAGUAAAUACCAGAACUGCGAAUGGCGUGUCAGUAUUUACGGUAGAUCCGUGGAUGAGUGGGACAAGCUUGCGAAAUGGAUCAUCAAAAAUGAACUCUUCUCACACAACGUUCGCUGGCUCAUUCAAGUUCCUCGACUGUAUCAAGUAUACAAGGAGACUGGCGCAAUCGACACAUUUGAGGAAAUUGUCAUCAAUGUCUUCCGCCCGCUCUUUGAGGUCACAAAGGAUCCUCAGUCGCACCCAGAGCUUCAUGUAUUUUUGCAACGUGUCGUCGGCUUCGACAGCGUGGACGACGAAUCUAAGGCGGAACGUCGAUUCCACCGCAAAUUCCCCUUUCCUCGACUCUGGGACUCCCAGCAGAAUCCUCCGUUUUCUUAUUGGAUGUACUAUAUGUAUGCAAAUACAGCUAGCUUGAACCACUGGCGUAAAGCACGAGGGUUCAACACGUUCGUAUUCCGGCCUCACGCUGGUGAAGCAGGAGACACGGAUCACCUGACCGCAGCCUUUCUUACAUCUCACUCGAUUUCACAUGGAAUUCUGCUUCGCAAAGUUCCCGCGUUGCAGUACUUAUUCUACCUGAAACAAAUUGGGCUAGCUAUGAGUCCCUUGAGUAACAAUGCGCUGUUCCUGACCUAUGAGCGCAAUCCACUUCCUGACUUUUUCAAAGUCGGGUUGAAUGUGAGUUUAAGCACCGAUGACCCAUUGCAAUUCCAUUUUACGAAGGAACCGCUACUAGAAGAGUACAGUGUCGCAGCCCAUAUCUACAAGCUUCCUCAAAGUUCACUAGCAGAGCUCGCUCGCAACUCUGUGAUCCAAAGUGGCUUUGAGAUGGAGAUCAAAAGACAUUGGCUCGGUCAAGAGUGGUACUUACCAGGCGCUGCAGGCAAUGAUAUUCAUAAGACAAACGUGCCAAAUCUUCGACUAGCAUAUCGGCACCGCACGCUACUUGAGGAACUUGCGAUGAUCAGGAAACAGCACUCCGCAUAGUCGAAAGCCCGAUCUGGCAUCGUUCGGUGAUAGUGGCACUGGAAGUACCCCAUUUUCUCUUAGACAAAUGUAACUAGCUUCUCAAAGUUCCAGAUAUAGAUUGUGCUCUCACAUGACAUAGUUCCGCCAUGCCUGA